GAACAACCUGCCUCAUUUGUCUGGCUGUACUAAACGCUUACCUACACUCACGAGCUAAGCCAAGUCCAAGGUCUUUCUCCUUACUCUCUUCUCUUCAUAACAUCAUGACUACCUCCGGUCUUGGUAUCCCCGUUAAACUUCUCCACGAGUCCCUCGGACAUGUCAUUACUGUUGAGCUGAAAACGGGACAGCUCUACCGUGGCAAACUCGCAGAAGCCGAGGAUAACUUGAACAUUUCCUUGAAAGACAUUACUGUGACACAGCGAGAUGGUCGUAUCUCACAACUCGAUCAAGUUUACAUCCGAGGGAGCAUGGUUCGCUUUUUCAUCGUACCGGACAUGUUGCAAAAUGCACCUAUGUUCAAACGAGUAGGACCGAAUGCAAUGAAGGGAAGGGGUAUCGGUACGGCGCGUGGAAGGGCUACGAUCAUGCGAGCAAAUGCGCGGCGUGGUCGUGGCGUACCUGCAGCACGAGGCAUCAGACGAUGAAGGAAGGACGCGUUCUCCCCCCCUGUCACAAAACCAGUCUCCUCUUUCCGUUAGUCUUCAACAUUCCUUUCGUCGUACGUCGCUCACAAUGUGCAGCAGGUGGAGCUCUACGCGCGUUACAUUCCUGCUUUACGUGUAGAUUGUAUUGUAUGUAAUAUUGUCAUCUUCUGCAAUCUUUUGGGCAUGGUGCUCUGACAUAGCGCGACUGUUUAAAUGGUAAUCAUACUGAAAGCAACUUUGAAGAAACCGAGAGAGCAUUGAUACAAGGUAUCAAACCAUCCGACCAGUAUAUCUAAAUAAUACAGAAACCCUCUCAGUGACAA